UUGGGCCUAUGGCUCAUUUGAGCUCUGGGCUAUGUUACGGAUUAUGCGUUACGUGCCAAAAAUUUUACCCGCAGCAUCAAUUGCCUAUGGUCAAACACUGUUUCAUCGAACUGUAUGCCUGUGUAGCACACCAGAGCACACCCCAUAGCAUACCAUCAUAAAUUUGACGACAUGUAAUCCAAAUGCGGAUGAAGGGAAGAACAUUGAAAUGAAAACAUGGGUCAACAAUCUGAACUUCUUCCUCUGUACCACUCAGGUCAUUUCAAUAUUUCGUUUCAUUCAGGACCGGUUUCCUUUCGUUUCUUCUCGAGAAACUGAUUUUCGAAAGACUGGCGCUGGACGACCAAUUUGCGUCAAAUUUCUCAAAAUCCACGCACCAGUUUGUUAGAACGAAAUCGUUUCCUCUAAGUUUCGCAAUGCAGAAUCAGACAGUAUUGCCAAUUCCGUCGAAUGAAGUCGCCGGUGCUAUCGUUGUCAAUGCCUUUGCGAUUCUUUCAACCCUUUCCCUGUUCUGCAUAUUUUUGCGUGUUUCUUGGUUGGGGAUCCUUCGUGUCCUGGGGGAGAACGUUGCACAAACAUUAUUCAAUACCCAACUGGGAUACUAUGCCGCUUGCUUGCUUAUUGCGAACAUGAUCAAUGGAAUAGCGGGAUUGUUGGGUCUUCCGUUCUUGGUGAACCGUGCCAUUACAGAUAAUGCUAUUUGCACGUCCCAAGCCGCCGUUAUGCAGGUCGGGAAUAUAGCGACAGCAUACUUCACGGUAGCGAUUGCAUUUCAUACGUUCAAUUCUCUGGUGCUUCGCAAACGACAGUCGAUUUACGUUUACGGGCCUACCAUUUUGCUUGGCUGGGUUGUUUCGCUUGUGCUCGGUGAGCACUGGUUUGAUCUAUGUUAUUCGAUCUCGUUACACCUUAUGUUAGGUUUUCUUCCCCUAAUCUCGAACUUGGGUCCUGUUUACGGACCCUCAGGAUUGGCAUGCGGGGUCAGAGCCUCAUUGAAAAUGCAACUGUUCUUCUUCCAUCUUCUGCCUAUUUUCUUGGCCGCCGUGCUUUCGGCUAUCCUAUACACUCUCAUUUUUCUUGUGCUGCGGGGGUUUAUUGCAAUUAAGGGGGGAGUCAGGGUAACUUCAGAUUCCACUUAUCAGCAGUUUGUUACUAGCAUUGCUCGUAGUAUGCUAUGGUAUCCUGCAGCUUACAUCCUGCUUCUCGUGCCCUACUCAGUCACUCGGCUGUUGUCUAUCAGAGGAUUUGUGAUUCCCUUUCAGGUGACGGUGUUUGCUUUCGUCUGUUGGUUCGCUCUAGGUAUCGCGGAUGCUCUGCUUUUGUUCAACACGUUCCGCGUUCUCAGUCCUGCUUUUGAGGCCAAAUCAGCCUCCGGAGGUCAAGCGGAUUUGGAGAGCUUUGGAACAGCAGAAACUUUCAAACGACGAUUCUCACUGGGCUCUCAAGGACCCCUUCAGUUGAAUUUGACUGAAGCAAUGAUCAAGGAAUACAGAGGAACUUCACUGAGCUCACCUUCCUCGUACAAUGCCAGUAGCACGGUCUCGUAUCCUGAGCGUGCUGCAAGUGCGCAAAGCUCGUACCGCCAUGCCACUGCAGAGGAAGUCAAUCGGCAAAUCUCCCCAGUGUCGAUCCUGAAUGAAAGCAUUGUCGUAGAAGCUCCUGGAAGUAUGAUUGCCUCUCGGCCUCCAGCCCGGGUUUCAAAUGUAGAUCAUAUCCGACAGGAAUCCCAAAGCUCGACUACCAGUCUUCCUAUCCCUCCCCGGCGUACCCCUCCGCCUUCUCAUCUGAUCAUUGACCAUCCGUCUACUUCGAGCCUGAGCAGUCCCAGUUCCGUCGCACCAAGUUCUUUAUCACGGCCUGUCCCAGCACGACCUUCGCUCUCACCCAGAAAUGUCGCACUGUCCUCAUCCGCCCGUUCUUUUUCCCCUCAGAAAGAACGUGCCCGCGUCUCUGAGGCUUCUACAUCCUCCUUGACGUCGGAGGACCUGGACGUAACGAGCUGGCUAGCGAAUCAAAAUGCCAAUGGAUACAUGCCUACUGGGCUCCGAAAUCAGCCGAUGCUGAGUGCCGUGAGGCCAAACUUCCCUUCAACUGUGGCUCCCAUGAAUAUUCCAGCUUCACCGGCAGCACGCCUGCGUCCUCUUCUGCUCGCCAGUGUUGAAAGGACCGGAUCGAUGAUUCUCGCCGAGCACUACAACAGGAUGUAUAGCCCACACAGUUCUUGAAUUUUUGCGGGGAAAUAUUUGGCCUUCGACUCCUUUAUUUUGUGAAAUCUGGAGAACGCUGGUGUCGUUCGAUUGCUGUAUCAAUAUCGGGUUGUUUUCCUUUCUUGUUCAUGACCGGCCCCUCUAUCACUCGUUUAUAUUCGUUCUUACUGUAUCAUAUGUUUCGCCUACUCAGACAGGCAUUCUGACUCUACAGCUGAGCUCACUAGUUACCGUACAUGUAAUCGAUGUUUGUACAUACACGGUAUCUUACACUACCACGCACAAAGCAACUCUUUGUCCUUGA